ACGUAAGCGGCGAGGGGGGGGUGAGGGUUCACGGAGGCCGGAGCCGGCGUCUGUCUCUCGUAGGUGGCAGAACUGAGGCGGCGGGGAAUCGGACGCGCUUCCACUUCAGGUUCCCCCCUUCAUGGCGGCCCGCCGGCUCCGGGAAGUCUGGCGACUGGGAGCUCGGGGAGGGCUGAUCCCGACCGGCUGUUCCAGGUACAUGCCAUCCUGUGGGAUUCUGAUGAUCCGUGCCCCCCCAGCUGUCAGCAGUGCCGAUUGGGAUCUUAGUGCUCAGCACAGCCGGACGUUUAUCAACUUUACAGGGCCUUUCACCAACAAACGGAAGGAAUAUUCGGAAAGGAGGAUCCUUGGUUACUCCAUGCAGGAGAUCUAUGAAGUUGUGUCCAAUGUGGAUGAAUAUAAGGAAUUUGUUCCCUGGUGCAAGAAAUCAGUUGUGGUCUCUAAGCGGACAGGCCAUGUGAAGGCCCAGCUGGAAGUCGGGUUUCCUCCUGUCGUGGAACGUUACACAUCCAUUGUGACACUGGUGCGGCCUCACUUAGUAAAGGCGGUCUGCACUGACGGGAAGCUCUUCAACCACCUGGAGACUAGCUGGCGUUUCAGCCCUGGCAUUCCUGGCUACCCCCGCACGUGUACAGUGGACUUCUCGAUUUCCUUCGAGUUCCGCUCCCUGCUGCACUCGCAGCUGGCUACCGUUUUCUUCGACGAGGUGGUCAAGCAGAUGGUUGCUGCUUUUGAACGCCGGGCGGCAAAGAACUACGGUCCCGAGACCCGCAUUCCCCGAGAGCUCAUGUUCCACGAGAUCCACCAGACGUGAAGGGCUCCCUGCUGCUUUGGUGGCCACGCGGACACUGCGCUGGGGUGUGCACUCAUGGCUUCCCCAGCCCCUCUGUUUUUAUCUAUUUAUUUGGCUUCUCCUGGUACCCUGUCUUAAUUUAUCCACUGGGCCUGGUGUGAUGAAGAGAGUCUUUUUCCUAAGGAAAGGGCCAGGUGGCCAUGUUAACCUCCGGAGUAACCUCUUAACUGUCUGUUUUGCCUAGUCAUGCUCUUAUGCUGGGUCAUACAUACACAUUUUGUUUUGUAGGGCUUUCUUUGAAGCCCUUCUCCCCACCCCUUAAUCCCCAGUCUGCAGAUCGUCUCCCAUCCCAUUCUCCACCUAUUUUGUAUGUGCCAGCAUGACCUGUCUUAGGCUGAGGACAGUGCCGAACCCUGUUUCUCUGGGGAACAAGGGGUUGCGGAAGCUCACAGCAUGUGGUCAUGUGCUCUCUUUCUGUGCCUAGUGAAGGGCCCAUUGGAAAUUGUGCUUCGUAAAUCACUUGUUUUUUUAAAAAAGGAAGAAAGCCCUGACCUGGACUGCCUCUCGACAAUAGAGAAUAAGCAUGGAGAGGCUGUACUUUUUUGUCUGGCAGUCUCCGUAGCUGUUAGCAGUUGGAUUUGCAAGACUCUGCUGGUUGAACGUUGGUUUGGAGUGCAGUAGCGGAAAUGCAGGCGUGGCGGAGGGGAGCAGGCAAGCAGUGCAGGGUGGCUGGUGUCUGUUACUGAGGGUGCUGGUAGAUAGAGGGUGCUCUGCAGCUGCUGCUUUCUUUGAGGCUGUGCGAAGCUAACGUCGUACUUGUGCUGAAACAUCAGGCUGGGAUUAUUCUUCCUUGCCCAAACAGUACCGUAUCAUCACUUGGUUAUCUAAGGGAGAUUAGCAUCCAGCCAGCUGCCCCGUGUCUUCCUUUUGGUUGAUAGCAGAGUGCAGAGUAGCAAAAGAUGUGUGCCAAAUAAAGGGCCAAGGGGAAGAUAUGGCCCUCUUGGAGCCGGAAUAGUUUUAGAAAUGUUAGAAGACACACUCCAAAUGGGUGCACAUUUGCGGGGGGGGGGGGGGGAGAAAGGAAGCAGAAUUACUUGCUUGUUAGGAGUGCAACCAGAGCUUUCUGCAGAAGUUCAGAUUCCUCUGCCCUCCUGUUUCAUUAAAACCUAUGUCCAACCUUCUUGAAACGCCACCUAAAACCCAGAGGUGGGUGUCUUGGUUGCAGCCUUUUGAAGUGCCGUGCCUAUGGCAUCUUUGGGAUUAUUGAGACAGUGGGUUGCAUGAGCCUGCCAGCGCUCACAGUAGCUGCUUUGCAUUAUGGGAAUGGAAUAUAGCAUUAUCAGGCUGGGGGCUGCUGCUUUGAGGACAGGACUUCCACCUGCGCGGAAGCAUGGUCCCCCUUCCACCAAAUAUUUCCACACGGGGAGAGUGACUAUGCCUUGUGCAGCCCACUUGAGAUGAAGCGCCACCCGUGGGGAGUGAUUAGCAUGCCACCGUCUCCAGCUGGCUUGUGGGAAGCUGCUUAGUUUGGGUGUGUAUUCUGAGUCUUGCAGAGUCUUGGCUCCAUUGAAAGCUGCAGGUUGAGACCAACCAUGCCUGCCCGGCAGCUGUUCCUGAAAUUGCCUCCUGUUCCCAUGGCCACCAUUGUGGGUCUCCCCAAAUCCCACCCUGCACUUUCCCCCAGUGCAGGCAUCCAUUUGUGUUGCCUAUUUUGCUGUAAACUCGGUACCCUGUUUUGAGCUGGAAAAGGAGUUUAUCUAUGUUUAGACGCACAUUUUGCACAAGCGGUGUGGACACACACAUACGACUGCUGGGGUUAAGCCCUGCGAUGUGGGCCUGGGGUAUUCCAGGCCCUAGUGCUUCCAAGCUUCAGGUACUAGGGUGUUUGUGUGCCUGCCAUUGCAUAACAUGGGGUGAGAGUGAUCACUAUGUUUUUCAGAUUCCUAUGGCUCUCUGCUCAGCGGAAGGAGGAAGAUAGGUUAAAACGGCAGGUUGAGCGAAAUAAAGUAGAUGGAUGAACCGUGGGCCUCGUUUUGUUUGUGCCCAUUGAGCAGCCAGGCCACCCCACUUGCUCCAAUGUGAGGUGUAGAUCUGCUAUACCUGCCCUUGGAGGGGAGGGGCUUGAAGUUGGCUUAACAGAGGCUUGCCUUACAUGGGUUACAAGUCCUUGCUCUCUGAGCUUUCCUCUUCAGAACCAGGAUCCCAGGACCAGUGAUGGGGUCAUGGCUAGAAGUCUGCCAUGUUUGGGUAGCGGGAGGCAUAUGGACCAUUGGGAACAUGACCCCCUCUUUCUUCAUAAAGUGGGGGGGGCAGUGCUGUGGCAUAGAUACCUGAGCAAUCUCCUGUUGAGGCUGCUGGGUGUUGCCCAUUGUACAAUGGAUGGCUUCCUUUUGUCUGGCCACAGGUUUCAUUGCUUCACUUUUCCUCCAAAGAAUGCAAGAAUAUGUGCUAGUUUGGGCUUCUAUCCCAAAUUUACUGCGUUGCUAUCAUUGUAAUGGCUCUGGAAACAACCGCCCACUUCCUGUGCUGAGCUUGCAACUCGGGUUUGGGAGGCAGACCCCGCAAGUCAUUCCAAAGGCUUCUUGUUCGCCAUUGGUUUUGCAUACCAAUUGGCUCCAUGCAGUUAUGCUGCGAACUGUAUAGAUUUGACUGUACAGUUGGUGUCCUUUGCCGAGAUGUUCCCCCGGCAACUCUUCCCAAAUCUUUCCUUCCCAUCUCCCAAAAUUGCCAGCUUUACCGACCGAAGGGGGCUUGUUUCCAAGAACAACCUCCUUCUGCCUUUCUGAGCCGCUGAAACUAUUUACUUGCUCUUUAUCCCAGUUUCUGCUGUUAUCCUGCAAGAACAAACAGGCUUGCUCUAUGGAACGCACACACAGGGCAGUGAUCUCUUCAGAGUCCUCAGGGAGGAAAGGCUUGCAUUUCUAAGACCUGUAUUUCCAGAAUGCUUCUCUGAGCAAAUAGCUCCUUUAGUAAUAAUAAAAGGCAGUAAGUGCUAGUGAGGAAGCCACUCCGAGAGGAAGUCAUUAACAAUAGCACGCUUCUGACCUGCUCUGCUAAGCAUGUCCUGCGCUGUAUUCAUGAAAAACAGUCACUUUAGAACUCCACCUUCCUACUUGGCUGCCCUUGAAUUAAAUGGAGUGGGCUGGCAGGAAUGUUUUAUGCUUCUAACCAUGUGUUUGGGAACCUGCCCUUCAAGUCUAGCAAAGUGACCAGCGGGGCACAAGGGCUAGCACACAAACUUCUCUCAUGUCCACACACGUUCAAGAAGAACCAGCCUGAACUCUCACGUUUACACGAGGAUCAGUUGCAUAGAAGAGGGACUGUGAUUUCAGCUGGGAGAGCCUUGGCUUCACAUCAGUUUCAGGCUUGCUCUGUUUGAAAGUGAACUGGGGUCAAGUUGGCUGUAUAUACCUACUGUAAAAUAUGGAUUUGCGGAUACAGGGAAGGAUUUUUAAAGCAAACUAAAGUGUAUUUCAGAAAUACUUCUGUGAUAUUGGCACCUAGACUGUCUGGCAGUCUCGCUACAGUUGCUGUUGUUUACAGCCUUUGCCAAUAAGAUGAGCAAUCUUAUUCAUGCUUACCUGGAAGUAAUUAGUAUUGAACUUGGUGGGACUUACUUCUGUGUAAAUAUGGUUAGGCCACUGUGCCAGAGGCUGGGGGGAUGUAAGAGGCUUUGAGUAGCGCAAGCAACUUGUAGUUAUCAUAAGUAAGCCUACUUUCCACUGCAAGGGGGGUGGGGGGUGGAAGGUGCAUUCACAAGGGAAAUGAGAGAGAAUCCCAUUGUCUCCAUUUGCACAAUUUAUUCAAACCACAAAAUUCUUUUCUGCUGGGAAGGGGGAGAGGGGAUUUUGACAUGGUAGCAGCUUCAGAGCCCAAAAUGUAUUGCCUCCUUUGCUUCUAAUGCAGAGACAGUGCUGCCUGCAUACCUCCCUUGAAUUUGGACUCUUAACCUUCAGAACAAUGCUGCCAGGACAGAGGCUUUAAAGUGGGUUCCUUUGGCAUGGACUUCUGUCCCAAAAGUUUUGCUGCUUCAAAGCAAUUCUGCCAUUGCCAAACAAAACAGUAAUGCUCCUCUCCCUUCCUGAGCCUCAUGCUCACUGCAGUUCUCUUCUGCAGCUAUAAAUAGAAACUCUGAAAGAAAGGUGCUCAACGUGGCUAGUGAUUCUUAAAAAAUCACUUUAAAUUGAAAACGGGCAGCCUUGCAUUUAGGCAUUUGCCAAGCAGGGAUGAAGCCCAGUUCACCAAGACAUUAUAAGGCACCAAGGAGAAUGAACUAGUGGUUCUGUUACUUUGAAUCAUUGUGACCUUGAUCUGCGAUUUAAUGAAUUGCGUUUGCUCCAGUCUAUGAACCACACUCCCUUUAAAAUGCAAGAACCAAGAUAGUUCAUGGGGCAGAUUCUGCUGAAGGUUGUAGUGUUCAAGUCCCGUGCAGAGGACAGGAAUGUUAAGGCCCUGCUAACUUCAUUUGCAGUGGAGCACAUAACUCUUUAUUGACACCAAAUGUACAAGCAAAUGAUGUGUCCUGGGUUGGUGCUUGUUUAAUGUUCCAGGUUUCUUGUCAUUACUUCCUCAGUUUUUACAUUCUUAACAAGAGCUUUGCCUUCAUUGGAGUCAUUUUGGCCCUUAAAACUAUAUCUACUGCAGAAAAAUCAGCAAUGCAUUUUGUUGUUUGAUUGUGUUAGCAUCUUCCUUUAGAGAGAUCAGAUGGUUCUCUAUCUUUUCUUUUGCUGCCCCCACCUGCUUCCCCCCCAUGAACCUGGACUUUAAGCCUCUGGGCACCUCAUGUUUAAACCUUGUACCUGCUCCCCUCCAGUCGGUAAAGCGAUUGUGUCCUAAACAUUGCAGUGCCUUCUGCUCCUACCUGUAUCAUCAUCAGGGCCGCAGCUCCCUCAUGCUACUUAGCCUGGUAUAUGCUACCUCAGCUUGUAAGAAGGGGGGGGGGUGUUUCCAGAAGGAAAAGGGAAUAGAAAAUGAGAUUAUGCACAGUAAGAGGAAAUCAUCAUUGUGUUCUACCCUUUAACUGUGAAUCUUAUUUGAUAGCUGCAAAACCUGUCCGAGAAUGUUCAAAGACUGAACCAAUCCCAAGAGCAUUUUUAUAGACCAAUAAAAAAUGUUUGCAAAAAGACACAUGUGGGACUUGACUAUUUAAGAUUUUAGCUACAUUGUCGAUUUUAACUUUGCAUAGUUCUUCAGGUAGAAUGCAUAUACUUUCCACAGCUGGAUUUGCCUGAUAAGUAUAUAUUUGGUACCUAUUGCAUCAAUAUUCUUUGAAAGCAUUGGAAAUGUUAUGCUUCAUCAUUGGUGCCGAAGCCAGAGCUUUCCAAACUCUGCUUCACAACGUGUUAAGUGUGUCGGCUGCAAUGUGUAGGUGUGUUGUGCGAACACUCCCCAUGCUCCUCCCAGGGCUGGAGAGGGGUUAUGAUCCCUAGCUAACAGGACCAGUGAUCGGGGAAGAUGGGAAUUGUAGUCCAAAACAUCUGGAGGGCCGAAGUUUGGGGAUGCCUGGUAUAAACCUAGUUUGGCUUAUAUACAUAGGGCUGUGCUUUACAACAGGGGUGGUGACAACUGGCAAUACCUAUAGAACAAGGGCAAAACAAACUCUGAACAUGGCAAGGCAGACAAUGGUGCAAUUGCAAAACUAUGGAGUACAGCAUCCCCAUCCCCACCCCUCUCUGAGUCCUCAACUACGUCAGGACCCAGAACUGUCAGGCAUGGCAAGAUACAACGUGGGUUUUACAUUUGAAAAAUCUGGUGACUAUUCUGCCGCUGCAGCAGAUGGCAAAUCACAACAGCUGACUACCGUAUUUUUCCAUGUAUAAGACGAUAUUUUUUCCUUAGAAUUAAUAGCCAAAAAAUGUGGGUCGUUUUAUAUACGGAUAGCAGAGGGGGGGGACGGACGAUUGGUGUCAGCAGGUAGCAGGAGAUUGGCAGCGGUGAUUGGGCGUGUGAUUGGUUGCUGCAGCAAGGCCUGCUGACGAUUGGCUGUGGCAAUUGGACGUUGAUUUACGGCAGCGGCGAGGCGUGUGUGCAAUCAGCUGUGGUUGUGUCGAGUGGGCAGGUGGGCUUUUGGCAGAGUGUGUGCAGACGAUUGGUGGCCACGACGAUGCAUGCGAUUUGCAGUGCUGGGCAGUCUGUAGAGCUAUUGGUGGCGGUGAUGCCCCUCCCCAAUAGCUCCAUAACUCUAGGCAAUCUCUCCCUAAAAGAAGCUCAGCAGCUUUCGGCAAUUUCCCCCUCAAAAAAUUUUUUAGGGUUUGUCUUAUACAUGGGGGGGGGGUUAUACAUGGACAUAUAUGGUAGUUUCUGCAUUACAGACAACCAGUUUGCUUUUACAGCAGUUGUAAAGGUAAAGGACCCCUGGACAGUUAAGUGCAGUCAAAUUCGACCAUGGGGUGUGACGCUCAUCUCCACUUUCAGGCCAAGGGAGCCGGCGUUUGUCCACAGACAGCUUUCCAGGUCAUGUGGCCAGCAUGACUAAACUGCUUCUGGUGCAAUGGGACACUGUGACGAAAGCCAGAGCACACAGAAACAUCAUUUACCUUCCCGCCACACUGGUACCUAUUUAUCUACUUGCACUGGUAUGCUUUCGAACUGCUAGCUUGGCAGGAGCUGGGACAAAGCAAUAGGAGCUCACCCUGUCACAUGGAUUCGAACUGCCAACCUUACGAUCAGCAAGCCCAAGAGGCUCAGUAGUUUAAACCUCUGUGCCACCUGCGUCCCUACAGCAGUUGUACAAGGCCAUUAUCCAUCUGACCACAAAGCCUCUGACACCCGGACCAUAAUUUGGAUGUACAGUUAAGUUUCCAGUAGGGCUUGGAGCAAAGCUUCACCUUCAGGUGAUACAUGUGCUAUAAUCUUUCUGAGACCUACCACUUCAAACUGCAGCUGAAUACUUCCCUCUGUGAAAGUGGGAAUAGGUGUUGACACGAGGGCAUACCGACAAGACCCCCCCUUCUUCGCAAAGGAGGACUGCAUUGUGUGACUUUAUGAAAUGUGCUAAUCCUAGGUUAGGACUACAGCACAUUUCUUUGCUGAAACAGGGCUGUGUUCUCAUACCACAGUCUCUAUAUCCUGGCACAACCACGAGGGAACUGAGCUAUUUAUAGAUGCCUUCUGGGAACGUCAUUCCAGAUGGGCUCAGAACCAUCGCCCUUCUCUACAGGCAACAGCUGUUGGCUUCUUACCAACGUGUGCACUGUGUCCUUCAAGGGCAAGGAAAGGCUUGGCUUGCCCAAGGUAAGCUGGGGGCAUGGCUGGGACUUGAUCCUCGAUUUUAAACCUCUGCACUCUAAAUACAGGUCUGCAGCAGGAGAAUCUGGAAGCCGCUUUUAUUCCAUGCACUCCCAAGUUAAAUUACUGGCAGGUGUGGAUUUGUGGCCACUCAUAAAGUGGUUAUACCCAGUUCAGUGCCGACUACAUUUGUGCUUGCGGAUUACCACAAGCCAUAUGGGGAAGGGUCAUGGCUUCGUAACAGAGCAUGUGCUCUGCAUGUAAAAGGUCACAGGUUCAAUCUCUAGCCUCUCCAGCAAGGCCUAAGGAACUUCUUUGCCCAAGACACUGUCACAACACACACCUUUCUUUCAGCAUUCCCCCCGUCUACUAGGGCUUCUACCUUGUCUUUUGAAAGCAAGGACUGAAUGGCUGCCCGCUCAGUGUUUUGGUAGAAUAAAAAGCUCAACAAAAAUAACAGCAAUCCUACUGAACACAUAGGGGCUUGUGAAGAGGGCUAAGGUCCCUACCCUAUACACAGGCAUACAAGCAAGCAACCAAAGUUACUUUCUGCUGCUUGAACCGUUAAGUCAAAGGAGAAGUAACUGCUACAGUUUCCCCAGUGUGCCACCUACUUUCCAAUGAAAGGUUUUGGUUACCUAAUUAAAAACACAGCCAGCUGCUAUCAAAAAAUGCUAAGGACCAACACUAGGGUUUUCCUCACUAUCACUGCACAAUGCUGAGGAAUCUAGAAACAAAUCAAGCACGCGCAUCACAACGUACAUUUUGGGGGGGUAAAAGUAUGGUUUGCAGGUUGCCACUGUGUGCACGCACACACACAAUAUUCCAUGUCCAUGCUUGGCAUCAAGGAAGUCAUUUCCACCUUGGAGCUAUUGCCUCUGCAAUUGCCCGGUACAAGAAGAAUACAUACCUGCUGAGUGGUUUGCCUCGCCACUGCCAUACAAAACCGGAAUACCAACAAUUCAAAAUGCCCUAUUCCAGAUGAUGCCCUGAAGUAGUGAUUGUACAACAGAGUUUAUUGGAUGAGCAUAUACAAAAGGGACAGAGACGAAUAGAAGGAACCUUGGGGUUAUUCCUUUGGGUUUGUGACAAGUAGCUGUACAUCUCACCCCUGCUGCGGAGGAAGCAGCAACUUCAAAUUAGGAUAUGAAACAGUGCAAGUAAAAAGUUAAGUGGGGUGACCACCCCAAACCAACAGCCACACGUGGCUUGUGUUUGCUGUCACUGGGACUUUUGGAGUUGGCAAGGUCUACCUGUAUAGAAGCUCUGGUUGUCCUGUUCCUUUAGGAUUAUGGGCUUCCAGUAUCCUAAGCAAACUAUGAUGGUUUGUGGGAGUGGGCGCAAACAGUCACUGGGAGCAAUGGUUCAAAGGGCUGCAGGCCUCACUGAUACACAGGGACAGACUACAAUACUGUAACUUGUUAAUAAAAACAUUUAUUUUGCAGUUUGUACAGAACCACCCGAAGUUUGCAACGGAACGCUGAUGCUUACACAGCUGUCGACACUGUGCCUUCAACUUAAGAUUGGGGUUUUUCUUUCCUUUUUUGUGUGUGGUUAUAGGACAAAAUGGGUUUCACACAAACACACAGAGAAAAAACAAACAUUGGUAGGAGUGUAUGAAGUCCUUUCUAGAGAGGAAAGGAGGCCAGGAGACAGGCUCCAUUCUUUUCACCUAUCGCUGCUCUCAAGGUGUGGACAGCCAAUUUAGUGCCACACGGCAGUGCUAUAUUACAGCUGCCGUUUUGGAAAUGUUACCAAUACCUUCUUUGCUAUUGAGACACCCUCAACCCACCUUUUUGGUACCACAGCACCAACAGUCAAGUCAAAAUUAAAAAUGGGAGGGGGAGGUCACUUGCUUCAAACACGCUGCUCUCAUCUCCUCUGGCCAAAGAGGAGGGAGGGAGGCAAGGAGGUAUUUGUUCCUGGCAAAUUAAGUUUCUUGAGAGUCUUCUCUUUGGGAACAAAGCACCAUCUCACAGAAGAUCAGGGUUUUUUUGGGGGGGGGGGGUUGCCUGCAUUGAUGCAGGUGAGGACAACCAAGUGCUGCGGUAGCUUUGGGAUGGGGCAAGGGAAAGGUCUGUGUUGCCCCUCUUUGGUAGGCAAGGAAGUGAGCUGUAUUCCUUCCUUGCUCACCGGAGAGUGACUCAAGUCACAGCCCUGCCUGCUCUGUCUUUUAAGAGCACAAUUCUGCUGUUUUUGACAGUGGCGGGAGACGGGUAUACAAAAGGGGGCGGGGCUCAGCUGACGGGAAAUAACUGCUUUCCUUUCCAAACCCCCCC